AUGCCUCCAGCAAAGCAAUGGGAUGAUGAGGACAGCGAGUCCGAUACCCCUCCUACUUCACCGGUGGCUGCUGUCCCCCGCCGACGACAGUUCGACGACGAGGAAGACGACGACGACGUACUCGAUUCCUGGGAUGCCGCCGAAGACUCCGAAGUAGAGCGUGAAAAAGCCAAGAAAGCCACCGAAGCCAAGGAGAAGAAGGCCGCCGAGGAUGCUGCCAACAAGAAAUCCAAGCUCCAGCGCAUCGCCGAGCACCAGAAGGAGCGCGCGCGCAUGCGUGAAGAGGGUGACUCCUCCUCCGAGGAGGACGAAGAUGAAGCCGAGCGCCGAGCGCGCCUCCGCCGCACCGAGCAGGAGGCUGAUCUUCGCCAUGCCGAGGAUCUUUUCGAUGGCAUUGGCAUCAGCAACGAUCGUGCCAAGACUAUUCCUGGUUCCAACGUCGUUAUUGACUCCAAAGACCCUGGCAACACUGUAGACCUCGCCAAGCUGCCCAUCUUCAACCCCCAGACCAAGAAGCAGUUUGAGCAGCUUCGUCAGGUGCUUGUCCCUGUAAUUGCUGCCAAUGCCAAAAAGGGCCACUACGUCCUAUUCCUCGAAGAGUUCGCCAAGGAGCUCGCCAAGGAGCUACCUAGCGAACAGAUCAAGAAGAUUGCCAGCUCUCUCACUCGUGCUAGUAACGAAAAACAAAAGGAGGAGAAGGCUGCCGACAAGACUGGCAAGAAGAGCAAGGCUGCCAAGACCAAAGCCUCGCUCGUAACCACACGUGCCAACACGAACGAUAUGGAGACGUACGACAACGACGCCUUUGGAGACGACGACUUCAUGUGA